GGCAUUCUGGGACACAAACAGUGGUUGGUAUGAACGGUAUGAAUAUCUCUCACGGCGACAACAGCAGCAGCGUCCACUGUGGAAAGAAGGCGACGAGAGAAACAACACCCAGCUAGCAGAGAAAGGGCAGACAGGUUUUUCAUAUCAGACUUCUGCAUCUUGUUUGUCGCUCUGUUGUCCGGGAGAAGCGGACGUGGAGGCCAGUUAGUCUCUGAAAUGCAACGGUGGACUUUAUCCACGCAGAGAGUUAUUUAGCUAACGACAGGAGUAAGUUGGCCUCACUGUGUUCUAUACUAGUGGGUUAACGUUAGCUAGAUGGCAAUGCUGGUCGAGUCAUAAAAGUUGAUGUCUUUGCACCACUUCGCUUCUAGUCAUCUCACUCCAAAGAAGAAGGAUUGUUUUGUCGCUGUCCUCACAGCUCGUCUCUUUCCUGCCCUGACAGCUGCCUCCAUCCAUUGACUCUAAAUUGUCCUGAGCUAAGAGGGGACAACUCUGAAUAUGGCGAGUGUUUCUGACAGAGACUACAAAACUGGCAUUUUAAAGUCACUGGCCUGGCACGUUGACCAGCUUGUGUACCCAAGAUAAACAUUGUUUAACUGGACAAUUCGUGUAAUGGCCAAGGAGAGUGGUGGAAAAAAUCUUUUUAUCUCACUACACAGUUGUUCUCAGAGUUGCAUAACAAUGUGUUACCACUGCUGAAACCGUCUUCUUAACAGUUUAUAAGUACUUCUCUGUUGAAGCUCAACAAACUGAUAUUGCUAGACAUGGAUUUGCGCUGAAUGUGAAGAUUGUCUGGAAAUCUCAAACAUCACAGCUGUCUCCAGGUCGGACGGUUCAUCUGAGCCCUGCUGCUGGUCCCUAAAGCUUAUAUGAGGGCCAACAUGUCAGUGUCGGGGUCCACGACUGUACAUCUUUUCACCAAGCUUGUCAAGCACGCUGUGGGCAAGGCACAGAUCCAGCUGAACCGCUGGCUGCAGAGGACUGCCACAGAUGAUUGUGACAAAGUUGACAUCCUGAUAUGCAGCGCCUUUGACGAGACUGGGGUUGGCAUAGCGAGGUCAGACGGAGACCCUGAGGUUAUCGGUGCCACAGGGGGAAUGACCUUCAGCACCAGUGGAGAGUUCAGACACCCGUGCUGUAUUACCACCUUUUGCUUCAAAAGCGCCCUGCUGGCGUGCAUCCUGACUGCUGUGUGCUUCUCCUCGGUUGCCCUCGUGCGCCAAUACCUCAAGGACCUUCUGCUCUGGGUGGAGAGCCUGGACAGCCUCGUUGGAGCCUUGCUGUUUAUAGUUGGUUUGAUUAUCGUGUCGUUCCCGUGCGGAUGGGGAUAUAUUGUUCUUAAUGUGGCAGCUGGCUACCUCUAUGGCUUUGUGCUGGGCAUGGGACUAGUUAUGGUGGGAGUUUUAAUAGGGACCUUUGUGGCACACCUGGUGUGCAAACGACUAUUGACUGACUGGGUGCUGAACAAGAUAGGGAACAGUGAACAGCUUAGUGCUGUCAUACGAGUUGUGGAAGGAGGAAGUGGACUCAAAGUUGUGGCCUUAGCGAGACUCACCCCCAUACCUUUUGGGCUCCAAAAUGCAGUUUUCUCGAUCACAGACGUGUCCUUGCCAAACUACCUGGUGGCCUCCUCUGUGGGCCUGCUGCCCACUCAGCUCCUCAACUCCUACCUGGGCACCACGCUUCGCACCAUGGAGGACGUCAUCGCCGAGCAGAGCGUCAGCGGCUACUUUGUGUUCAGCCUGCAGAUUGUCAUCAGCAUCGGCCUGAUGUUCUACGUUGUGCACCGCGCUCAGGUAGAGCUCAACGCAGCCAUCGCAGCCUGCCAGAUGGAGCUCAAGUCCUCACACAUGAACGGCUCCUCCACCAAUCACAGCGGCUUCUCCUACUGCAGCAAGAGGGCGACGGUUGGCGGUGGAAACUGCGUUAAUGUGGUGUGAAAUGCAAAUCGUCACUCGAGGCAGAAGCUCUCAUGACUUGGUCACCGUAUUAUAAGACUGCAGAGCUUUGGGGGAACCCGGCCGAUUUUAGACGGUGUCUGAAACAUGUUGGUGGCGUGAUAUUUAAUUUUCAACAUUAUAUUCUGACCCACCUGUGCAAGGAAACCCUGAAAGCGUGUCUUUAAUCUGUACGGUGUUUUAAAAGGUGCUGAUGGAAAUGGUUUUACGGUACAUUAUCUUGGGAGGUUUUUUAAAUUCUUUUCAUUACGGUACUUCUUAACAUUUACUCUGUUGCAGGAGAUGUUAAUGACAUGAUGUUUUGAAAUUUCAGAGUUGGCUUAAGAUUAAUAAGCGUAAGAUUAAUAUAAAAAAUAAGCUAGGCAUUAAUGGCCUGCUAACACUAUGAAUGUGCAAUCUGGAGCUUUCUAGAAAACCAAGGAACUGUUUUUCCAUUUCAAUGUCUAAAGAAUGCCAACCUAUGCACCUUUGUUUCAUACAAUGUCUGUUUUUAUUUUAAAAGAUUUCAUGAUUUGUCUACAUCCAGUGCAAAUAAUAAGGGCAUUAUUCAUAUUUUUUAAACAUUUGGCUGUUUUGUCCAGUGCAUUUCAUUUUUUUUUUUCCAAGUGUCUUAUUUUUGGACUUUGGAGAGGGGGAAAGCUCUCGCUCAGCAUUACCGGCCUCUCCCGACUGUGUGAUUUCUGCUGGCUUACGGCCACAUUAUCUGGAUUGGCCUUGUCUGCCUGGAGAUCAUUUAUAGCGCUUCUGCGGUUUUGAUAAGAGCAGCUGGAGAGGACGGCAGAUUUCACAGCAGGAAACUCAGGAAUGUUUCUGCCAGGAAAGUUGAAGUGCAGCGUGAUCUCGGUAGCACAGGCACAUGUUCUGCUACAGAAAGAUUCCCACACGGAACUGAAACUGAGAUGUCAAGCUUUCCUGUAAAUGUGUUUAUAUUUCAUUUUGGUAUUGAUUUGACAUUUGUUUUACAUUUUUGUUUGGCUGUGAGAUUAUCCAUUCAGAUUAUUAUAGUUUUUGCUUAAGAUCAUAGUUUUGACAAUUCUGUGCAAUAUGAAGAACGGUGACAAAAUGGCAUUAAUGUCAUAUUUCAGUGCUGAAACCAAACUAAUCAGAAAUGCUCUCAUGUGUACAAAAUAACAGCUACGUCUGUUUUUAUUUAAGGUUUUACGUACAUUAUAGACAAGUAAGUUAGAUGAGCUAAAGAGGCUGAUAUUUUUUUAUAUCAUAAUUUGGUAAAGCUUAUCAGACGCCUAACACUGACCCCACCUGUUCUGAGGAUACAUGUGACUUAUGACUUACUUCAUUUUAUUACUUAAAGCUGGGGUAGGCAACGUUGUACAAACCAGCAAGAGACAGCUAGACUGUGAAAGUAUCCAACCUCCCGCCAAAGCCAUUACACCCCAAUGGGUGCACAGGCAGAGUGUGUGCAGGUUGGUAUGUAGACAUUUUAUUUGGACUGAAUGAAAAUUAAAUAAUUGGCCAUGCUUGUUAUAGUCCUGCAACAGCCACAGAUACUGGAUUUAUUUUACAUUUUUGUGUCAGAGCAUUAUUGAUUGCUGUCGCGAUGUAAAGAGAAUUUCAAUGAAUAUAACAAAAAAUGCUUCUGAAAUAAAUUGCCUACCUCUGCUUUAAUGUUGCUGUCAGUUCUAGACAUAAUCUAUCUAAUAAUACAACAACAAUGUUCUCAUGCUGUUUGUUCCUUUGCACUGUCCAGUACAACAGACAAAACAUUAUUUUCAUACAGAUAAGUUAAAGUAGGAAGGGGUUUGGUUGGUCAGAAGUUGAAACUGAUGUGUCUCAGAAGCCGACAAUCAAACACAAAAUGGACACUAAUUGAUGAAUGUGACGAUACUUUAUUAUUUUUACAUGAAUUAUUGUGAUGCUGCUCCUCAGACAAAGUCUGAUUGAGGAAUAAUAAGGGCUCUUAUAUGAAAAAAUUCAUCUUUAUGUCCCUCUAUUUGUUCACAAAAGCCUGAUUUGUAAUGUUGGCACACAUUUUAAUUUUUCAUUUUAAUUUUUCUACUAUUUCUUUCUCGUCGAAGCCAGAAUAAAUGUUCACACAAACACAUUCCAUGCUGUCAGACCUCUGAGAAGCUGUAGAGUUAUUUUCAUGCUAAAUGUUGGUUGAAAGGGCCCCUUCCUGUCUGAAUUUAGCAAUAAAGUCCUACCAGUAAGAUCUUUAGCCAAGUGUUGGGAAUAGCUGUUUACUUCCACUGUUAAAGAUCUGAUCGGAAACAUUAAUUUUCCAUUGACAAGUGAACACAAACUGCAUUUGCGUUGUUAGUUGAUCCAUGUUCCACUGUAAGGAUGAGUAUCAGUGUUUCCAGGUUUGUGUUACAGUGUUAAACCUGCGUGUUCUCCCUCUGCCUGUUGAUGGACAUUUUUCUGCGCUGCCUGUAGUGGAGAAGAGAUACACAAACAUCUGCAAUCAGAACAGCUUGUUUGGCACCUUCUUUGGAGAGUCCUUAAAUCCUACUGAUCAGUUAUUGGCGUUUAGCGAUCAGUCUCUCGCUCCUGUCACAUAAAAAAAUGCUGGAUCCAACCCAGACAUUGUUCCAGUUCCUUACUUGAAUUGGAAGUUUACACAGAGAGAGAGAGGGAGAGAGAGAGGAUCACAUUUUUAUGGCUGCGGGAUUUAAAAAAUCUGCUCAUUGCUCUUCACUUUCUCACUUCUUAAAAGUGUGGAGAUGAGUUUUUCUCACAUCCUGAUGAGAAAAUGUUGUAAAUAGACAAGUGUUUUCACCUGACAGCAAGUGUCCCUACCCUCCAAACAAAGUGUGAUUCGAUGAAGCUGUUCUGCUUAGAUGUGGAAGAGAUGUGGAACGUCAUACCAUGUUUAACGCAAAAAUCAAACAAAUGAAACUUGAUCGGCCUUCGUGGACACACUUAAUAAUAUUUUAGUCUCUCAACUGGGAUUUUGUAAACUUGAGAUUGUGAAAAAAUGAGCAGUUUUACAGUAAAGGCUUUGGUUCGUCCUUGGUGGGCUCUACUUUACUUAGAUAUAGUUAUGCAACAACUGAUUCCUAAGGGAAGUAUAUUUCAUAGACACCCACACAAGACCUGAAUCUGGGACGUAACUGCACACGUGAACUGUUAUAUUGUACAGUGUGAUACCAUUAACUUAAAGGGUCAGGUUGAGGGUCUCGUUUGGUGCUAUGAAAUGCAAUACUUCCCAUCUGUAUCAAGUGCAUUACACAUAUGCUGUAUUUUGUAAUACAGAAUUUUACAGUGUAUAAAUAAUGUAUUUAUCACUGUAUGAUGCUUGUCCAAUUUUAUUUAUGAGAGAGAAUAAAACCUGUCUGAAUUUGUUACAAAA